UUGUGCUGACAUAGCUGAAGGCUUCCCGGCUGAGAACAGCCUUCCGUUCGUUCAUUUCAGAAGCUGGGACAUCCUCCACGCGUUGUCAUCCUCCCGCAAUCCAGGAUGGACAAGACCCAAGAGCCCCCGGCCAUGACUGUCCACCUGCUGGCCAGCUCUGGGCAGGGUGCGCUCCUGCAGCAAGCUCUGGAUCAGCUCCUGGGCUGCCUUUGCCCAGAGGUCCGUCUCUUUAUGGUGUCAGAGCGGGUCAGUGCCGUGAAAAACUAUGACAAGGGCCACCCCAAGCGGUCCCGGUUCCCAGGGAUGUCUGUUCUGCUCUUCCUGCACCACAGCCGCGGAGAGGAGCGGCUGCUUCGAGUUCUCCACUCGCUGCGGCAGUGGCCCUGGCAGUGCUACCCCGGCCUGAGCCUGCAGGGCAGCCCGUGUCCUUACAGUCUCGCCCGCCAGGAGUUCUACACUCUGGACAGCCACAUGCCCGUCUGGGGCGUGAGGCAGGUGCACUGCGGCACCGAGGUCCUGCGAGUGACGCUCUACUGCACCUUUGAUAACUACGAAGACGCCAUCAGCCUCUACGAGAUGAUCCUGCAGAGGGAAGCCACCCCGCAGAAGAGCAACUUCUGUUUCUUUGUGCUCUACGCCACCGAGAGCUUCGCCCUGCAGCUGUCCCUGAAGCAGCUGCCCCUUGGAAUGUCGGUGGACCCCAAAGAGUCGUCGGUGCUGCAGUUCAAGGUCCAAGAGAUUGGCCAGUUAGUGCCUCUCCUCCCCCAUCCGUGUGUCCCCAUCAGCCGCACCAGGUGGCAAACGCAGGACUACGAUGGCAACAAGAUUCUGCUUCAGAUCCAAUCGAAUCCAGGACUUGGUGUUAGGAACAGCGAGCUUUCCUUUCUGAAUGGCAACCCCGAGGCUGACAUGCUUCCCCAGGGAUCCAGGGUGACCCCGGUCUCCACAAGGAGGACCCUAGAGCUGAGAAGGCGAAGGAGCCGGGGCCGGAGGUUCAAAGCGGCUUCUCUGGAAUUUCCCGAGCCCAGUGGGAGCCCAGCAUCAGACAGCUCUCCUGGCACCUUGUGGAGAAGCCCUGGCUGCUUAUCCCAGGUCAGCAGCCCAGCUACAGAUGCCCAACUGCCUCUGUGUUCUUCCCACCUUGAAGCUGGGGCCAGAAUGAAGGUCUUUGGUUGGGAAAAUGCCUUUGAGAAGCUGGAGGCAGAGACCAAUGUCGACACAGGACGCACUGUGGUCAACUCUGAACCCAGGAAAUCGUUUCUGAGCAGGUUUCCGAGGGAUCUGCAGACCAGCCAGCCACCAUCAGCCUCCUCCUUAGGGGCAGCUGCCUCCAAAAACAACAAAAACUUGAAGGAAAGCAUCCAUCCUUUGUCACUUGCUGGCCAAAGGGGCCUUGAUGCAAGGAAGAUAACCUCGAAAUGUCUUCAUCUGCCAGUUCAGGGUGAAGAAAAAGAAGGAGAAGAAGAAUUCUUUAUAUAGUAUAAAGCAAUGUGGUUUUCUAAGAUACAAGAUCAAAUACAAUGUUCCAGAAAUGGAGCACUCUUUCUUGUUCAUCUGAGAGGACCUGUAUGCUAGCCAUGCACAGGUCUGUAUUGCUUCUAUUUGUUCAAAGUCUAAUGGUGUUGUAAGCGGUUGUUUGCAGGCACGGUCAUGGUCAUAGACACACUAACCCAGCACCUAUCAGGAUACUUGCAUUGUAUGGAAAUGAGUUGAAUGUGUUUUGCAAUGUUGAUUAGUGUAUGUAAUUUUGUUUUAAUUUUUAUUGGGGUUGCAUAGCUCAUCCCCCUGGACAGCAUGGGCUAUUUAUUCUUUAGUGUUUUAAUUUUUAUGUGACCUCCUUUUAUAACUAGGCCCUGUUCACCACAUACCCUCUAGUGAUUUAAGUUGUUUGCAUCUGGAAUGAGUUAACAUGCAAAGUGUUUUGAAAAUUAGGAAUAAUUCAUUGUUUUUCUGUUUAAUGAGCAGAAGCACUGGAAGCCAAAAAAAAAAA